GCUAUCACUUGAAGUAAAAAAAUGCUUUUGAAUCGUUUGCUUCACCAGGGCAAGAUAUUUGCAGCUCCCACAUUUCGUCAGCUUAUUUGCCAACAACAAGAAGCAGUCGUCCGUCGCUCUUUUUUGACAGUUUCGUCAUUGCCGGCAUCCACUUUUACGGCAGCUGUCAAAAAUCCACACAUUUCGUUGCAAAAACUAGAAAGUUCGGUUGCAAAUUAUUCUACUCGACAGUAUUCAUCGAAAAAACUAGCUAUGGAAAAACAUUGCGUUGUGCCGGAUGUUGUCUCCUGCGCCCCCCAGGAAUUGGUAACGGUAUGCUACCCGAGUGGCGCUGCAGUCGAGCAAGGAAACGUGUUAACUCCAACCUUGGUGAAGGAUCAACCUACUGUAACUUGGAAAGCUGAUGCUAAUGCAUACUAUACGCUAUGCAUGACAGAUCCGGAUGCUCCUAGCCGUGACGCUCCUAAAUUCCGUGAAUGGCAUCACUGGUUGGUAGGAAAUAUUCCCGGAAAUGAUGUAUCCAAAGGAGAGGUGCUAUCGGCUUAUAUCGGUUCAGGUCCACCAGAGGGCACUGGCUUGCAUCGUUACGUGUUCUUGGUCUAUAAACAGAGUGGAAAGUUGACCUUUGAUGAGAAACGUUUGCCGAAUAACAGUGGUGAUGACCGUGGGGGCUUCAAAAUAGCUGCAUUCGCCAAAAAGUAUAAUUUGGGCGACCCCAUUGCCGGCAACUUCUAUCAAGCUGAAUACGAUGACUAUGUGCCCAUAUUGUACAAGCAGUUGGGAGCAUAAGAUUUAAAUGCGAAUAUUGAAUCUUACAUGUCUACAUACAUACAUUUCAAUUUGAUUGGAAACAAGCAGCGAUUUGGUCCCAAAAGACGAUAAAAUUGGUUAACAUUAAAAUGUCUUUCCUAGAACUGAAACGAAAUUUAAUAAAAAUCGGAAAAGAUCGA